GCAUGUUUUUAUUAUUAUUACGAGAUCCUUUCAUUGUGUGUUGUAUUAAUCUAGUAUAUUAUAACAGUUCUGUGCUAUUAUACAAACUAAAAUCCUCAUGCAUGUGAGUGGCUCAAACGUUUGAUCAUCCUGAUUCAUUUCUUCGCUCGGAUAAAAGCUGGGGAGGGGCCGCGUUUAUCCUUCUCCUCCCCCAGAAACAUUCUCACCUUCCUACUGAUUACUUGAGAGGAUCAACGUACCUGAUCAAUCCACCGCGGUUGCUUAAAACCCCAGCAGUGACGUUUUUAACAGUGUGUGAACAUUAACCAGAGCCUCCUCGCUGCCACAGAGAGCUCAGAGAGGCUUUGAGGAAGCACAAGAAGGAGCAGAAUUUCAGGAUGCCUCUGGACUUCAAGCUUAGUGUUUACUUCAGUCUCCUGGUCAUUUCAUCAACGCAAGCGUCGCCCGCUCAUUCGCAUUACAACGCAGCCGAAUCGACGAAAGACAACAAUCAGGUCACACCUACAGAGGAGCGCUUAGAGGAGGCUUUCGAAGAGCAAGGCUACUAUCUGCAGCGCCUUUUCCUGGAGUACGGCAGUAACGGCACUCUGACGUAUGAAGGUCUACAGAAGUUACUGGGCAGCCUGGGACUGGGCGAGGUCAGCGUCCUGGAGAUCAGACAUGGCAUGGUGAAGCAUUCCUCUCCCAGCCUGGCUCAAAUUCACCAGCACUUAAAAGAAGACCAUCAUCAUCAUCCUCAUCAGCCUUCGAGUUCAGCACCAGUAAACAAAGUCUCUGAGCCUGAGCCUUUUAAAGCAAAAGCGACAAUGUCCACAACCGAGGUCGAAGUGGUGACGCGUGGAUCUUCAAGACGGGGAGAUGAUUUGCAACCCACAGCUCCACUUGGCACAGAAGAACCAUUACUGCUCUCUGAUCAUCCGACAAAGAACCACCUCCACGAGAACUGUUUGAACGUCACGCAGCUCCUUUGGAACUUCGGUUUGGAUCAGACAUCUCACAUCACCCCGGCUCACUUCACCUUCCUGUGUCCCGCUCUGCUCUAUCAGAUAGACAGUGGCGUGUGUCUUCACCACACAGAUCCCCAUACGCAGGAAGCUGGAAAUAGCGUGGCUUUUCUCAGAGCUCUGGGUUGGGCCUCUGUGGCACUGCUAGUAAUCAGUCUGCCGUCCCUCAUGGCCCUCGGACUGACUCCCCUGAUCCCACCCGCUGCCCUCCGGACCUUCCUGUGCCCCAUGGCGGCCAUGGCAGUGGGCACUUUGUGUGGAGACGCCCUGCUGCACCUGCUGCCUCAUGCGAACUCCGGGCCACACAGUGAUCACCAUGACGCAGUGUUAAAGGGCCUAAGUGUGCUCGGUGGACUCUACCUGCUCUUCGUGCUUGAGAGUGUGCUUGAACUCAGGCACAGCUAUAAGAAAUCAAAGAAAAGAAAGCAGAAAGCAGCAGAGGACCGGGAGAACCGGGAGAUGGAGGCAUUGGAGGGUUCUUCUGCUCCUGAGCACGCUGUGAUUCCUGAGUCGGGUCACGGUCAUUCUCACGCACCGCCGGAUCGAAGCUCUUCCGGCCUCAGAACCAUCGCCUGGAUGGUCAUCAUGGGAGACGGAAUCCACAACCUCACGGACGGACUAGCGAUCGGUGUGGCGUUUUCUCAGAGCCUGGCUGGAGGACUCAGUACCACUAUCGCUGUCUUCUGCCAUGAGCUCCCUCACGAGCUGGGUGAUCUGGCCGUGUUGCUGGCUGCAGGUUGGCCUGUACGCAGACUGGCACUCUUCAGCUUGCUCUCGGCCCUGCUGGGGUACGUUGGAGUGCUGACUGGCACCAUACUGGGGUACCAGUGGGCACGGCACUCGCCCUGGAUCCUCACACUCACCGCUGGAGUCUUUCUCUACGUCGCACUGACUGACAUGAUGCCCGAGAUGCUGCAUGGAGAUCGAGGUUCCGCGAGUCCUCUCGGCUCGUUCCUCCUGCAGAGCGUCGGCUUGCUCGCGGGAGCUGCCAUCAUGCUGUGCAUCGCUCUCUUCGAGGAGAACCUCAGCGUUAACUUGGGGGACGGAUGAGAGACAAAAAAUAGCAUGUGUGGAAUCGUAGAGCAGCACCAAACCUUGCUAACAUGGACGUGUGACGGCUUCUUAAACGUGGGUUUGCGUGCUGAAAGGACAGCGCAGGAAGGAGAAAAGCCGCUUCGGCCAGACUGACAAACCGAUCUGUUUACCGAUUUGACUCAAAGCAGCUUUGGGAAUUUUUUUUUAUUUAUUCCUCUAAUAUCACUGAGGAAUGUUUUUCUCUGACUCUUGAGUCUCUCAGUACGUUUACACGGACAACAAUAAUCUGAUAUUAACCCGAUUAAGACGAUACUCUGAUUAAGAAACUAGCAUGUAAACAGAGAUUAUUGGCGUGGGGACGUAAUGACGUGUACCGUUAAUCGAUCUAUGUUCUAUAACAUGUAAAACCUGAGCAUGAAAGGAGUAUUCUAAAAGCGACUCAUGUAAACACCUUAAUCAGAAUAUUGUCUUAUUCAGAAUAAGGUCAAUAAUUAGAUUACUGCUGUCCGUGUAAACACCUUAAUCAGAAUAUUGUCUUAUUCAGAAUAAGGUCAAUAAUUAGAUUACUGCUGUCCGUGUAAACACCUUAAUCAGAAUAUUGCCUUAUUCAGAAUAAGGUCAAUAAUUAGAUUACUGCUGUCCAUGUAAACACCUUAAUCAGAAUAUUGUCUUAUUCAGAAUAAGGUCAAUAAUUAGAUUACUGCUGUCCAUGUAAACACCUUAAUCAGAAUAUUGUCUUAUUCAGAAUAAGGUCAAUAAUUAGAUUACUGCUGUCCGUGUAAACGUAGUCUCUGAGUUUUAUAUUAAGGAUUUUAAUUGUGUUGUUUUAAUGAACUGGUAAUUUAUUAAGUGGUCACUGA